CUUUUUCCGUUACGCUGUAACUGAGUUGUGCUCCUCUCAGCUUCGCCGAAAAGAAUGCUAUUGGCCGGUCCGAUCCUUCUACGUCUUGCUGGUAUAAUACUGCCCCAAUUCCUACAUGGCUGGCGUCACACUGUAUCCAGAAGUGUUUUCCAAAGUCUGGAUGAGCUAAUACCGGCGCACAGGCAGUCCGAGAGCGGCGCACUUACACCGGAGAAAUUUUGGAUGAAUCUGCGAUACCAGCCUGCGGUUCCUAAGAAGCUGCGUAGUUGUCGCGUAUUUUUGGGCACCUCUAUCUUCAUAAUCGCCUCAACUUUCUUCGGAUCCGUCCGCAAGGCCCCAUCACCGAUUAUGAAUCCCAAAUAUCGCAAGUAUUUAAAACAAAAUUUUGACUUGUGUAGCCCGAUCGUCAAAUUUGCUUUAUUCAAACACUGUGCCACUUCUUUCAGUAACAUGCAGUGUUACCCGAAAGUCUUGGAUAUCAUCAGCAAGUCAUCCAAAUAUACAAAGACGCGGCUGCAAAGACGCUGUGGGAUUACCUUGUCCAUUACCCUACACAACCUUUGAGCCGAAUUACAUAAUCCGAAUGGCAUCCGUCGAAACUGAUAAAGUGGCCUUCCAGGUAUUGUGAAAGCGGUCAAGGGACGACUUUUCUCAUCGAGUUCCACUUGCCAGAACGCAUGUUUCAAAUCGACACUGCUGAUGAAAAUCGUCUCAUCCACCCGGCUUAAAAUCGACUCAAUGUUCUGUAGCGGGUUUCUGUACCAGCGUCGUUCGGUUGUUCCAGGGACUUUCACUUAACUCGAUGACUCCUAACCGUAGCAUUUCAUCGACAUCGGCAAUCGAUGUGUUAC